CAAACAGCCCGAAGGGAAGCCACCCCACGCCAAACGUCCGCUUUUCACCGCACACGCACGUGACAACCUAAAUACCGUAUUUCUACGUCUGCCCCUCAUGACGCCAUGCAGAUAAUUUGGCCAGCUUUUCUCGGCCUCCUACCAGGUUUGCUGGCACUGAGUUUGCAAGGGCCCGUGUUCAUCCAAGAGCCGCCCUCGUCGGUGGACUUUUCCAACUCGACGGGCACCAUCCUCGGCUGCUCUGCCCUCGGCAAUCCGCCGCCCACGGUCACCUGGCUCGACGCCUCGAACCGCGAGUUGCCCACCGUGAUCCGCUACAGAGAGAUUUUGAGCAAUGGCAGCCUCUUCUUUCCACCGUUUCCACCUGAGGAGUACAACCCCGAGGUGCACGCCGCUUCCUACAGAUGCAGGGCGACCAACACCGUCGGCUCCAUCGUCAGCCGAGAGUGCAAAAUCCGCGCAGACGUGUCGCAGACUUAUCAGCUGCAGGUGCAAAAUGUGUUCGUGGUGCGCGGCAACUCAGCGGUGCUGAAAUGUUCCGUGCCAAACUUCAUGAAAGGCCUUGUCGUCGUCAGUUCUUGGAUGAAAGAAGAUCCGGUGCUGGGACGAACUUCCAUUCAUCCUGGUGGAAGGUUUACUAUUACUGCCGGCGGUGCUCUGCAAAUCAGAGACGUCCAGAACGAGGACGGAUACACUCGUUUCAUGUGCCAAGCGAUGCACAAACUCUCGGGGGAGCGGCGCGUCAGCAUGCCUGGCCAGCUUAUCGUCACAGAUCCUGACGGCAACACGGCGCCUCGGAUCGAGCAGUCAGUCUCCAGCAUUAACGUGCCAGUCAACACGCCAGUCGAUUUGAUGUGUUCAGCCCGUGGAUUUCCACCGCCCUCUUUUCGGUGGUACCGAGAGAGUGGUUUGAUGCAGCAGGAAAUCAGCCUGGUUUCGCCUUUCAUUCGACCCAUGGGAAACGUGCUGCAGCUGCUGAGACCCCAAACUAGCGACUCGGGCCGCUACAUUUGUGUCGCCAACAAUCCACUCGGGGAAGACAGGCGAGACGUGACUUUGACGGUGACCGCACCGUUGUCGGCCUACAUCCGUCCGCAGCAGCAGAUGGUGGACGCAGGGUCGGUGGCCAACAUGAAUUGCACCAUCGCUGGAGACGCGGCCGGCCCUUUGGAGGUCGCGUGGUUCAAGGACGGACGACCCCUCAACAUGGGUGGCCGCCACACUUACACGGAGGGAGGAAAAGUGCUCACCAUUCACGGCGUGGCCAGGAAUGACAAGGGCAUGUACCAGUGCUUGGUCAGGGGAAGCGAAGACAACGCUCAGGGCAGCUCGGAGCUCACGCUAGGAGCCGUGGCUCCAGAGCUCCACGGCACCUUCAUUGCUCAAACAAUCCAGCCAGGGCCGAGCGUGUCCCUGAGAUGUGCGGCCUCAGGGUCUCCUCACCCACACAUCACUUGGCUGCUGGACGGUGCAGAACUCGGGGGAAGCAACGGCCUGGUGCUCAAUUCCUUCCUGGCCUCCGGAGGCGACGUCGUCAGCCACCUGAACAUCACCUCUGCCAGGGUCCACCACGGCGGACUUUACACCUGCCUCGCCUCGAAUGCGGCAGGGACGGCGUCUCACUCUGCCCCGCUCAAUGUUUACGGGCCUCCUUCUGCACGGCCUCCUCGCAACCUGACCGUCGUCGCUGGCACUGACGUGUACCUGCGUUGCCCAGUGGCCGGAUUUCCCAUUUCCAGCGUGACCUGGCGUCAGGGGGAUUCAUCUCUGCCCGCCAACCCUCGACAAAGGGUCUUUUCAAAUGGCACCCUGCUCAUCAAAAACGUCGAGGGUAGCAUCGAUAGCGGGAAGUACUCCUGCGUCGUUUCUAAUACUCAAGGACAAUCUGCACAAUCCAGUCUUGGCCUCGAUAUCAUGAAGCCGCCAGAAAUUGCACCUUUUCAAUUUCCGGCCACUCUUCGAGAGGGAAUGCGCGCCCAGGUGUCGUGCAGCAUCAUCUCCGGUGACUUUCCCAUUUCCAUUUCGUGGAAAAAGGACGGCGCCCCUCUCGCGCCCGAGCCCGACGUCGCCGAGCAGCAACACCAAUUCUUCAGCAACCUUCUGUUCAUGAACCUGGCCGCGAGACACUCUGGCCAGUACACGUGCAUCGCCAACAACGCCGCUGCCACCGCCAACUACACUGCCAGACUCGUAGUCAGAGUCGCUCCAAUGUGGGAACUCGAGCCCAAAGAUACGUCCGUGCUCUACCAGCACUCUGUUGUCCUUCACUGCCAGGCGAGCGGUUUUCCGCACCCGACGUCCACAUGGAUGCGGUCCAGAGGUUCGGCGUCAGACGAGUUCGUCCCUCUGCAGCCUGGUCCCCGUCAAUUCAUCGCUAACAAUGGCUCCAUUGUGAUCCACGCGGCCGACUCAUCUCAUCAGGGCCACUACAUGUGCCAGGCAAACAAUGGCAUCGGCCCCGGACUGAGCAAAUCAAUUUUCCUCAGAGUCAGUGUUCCAGCACAUUUCAGCCAACGGGCGAUCAACCAGAGCGCCGUGGCGGGCGAGUCGACGGUGCUCGUGUGUCCCGCGCUUGGAGACGCGCCGCUGCGAGUGACGUGGGUGUCCGGGCCGCGCUCCCUGUCCAUGGGGCAAAUGCGCGAGGUGUCGACGACCGGGGGCGGCGUGGCGGCCGAGCUGCACCUGAACGCCCUCACGCGCCGCGACACCGGCGCCUACCGCUGCGUGGCCAGCAACGAGUUCGGCCAGGACGAGCUCACCCUCCACUUGAACGUCAAGGAGCCUCCCGAAUCUCCGACCGGAGUUGCUCUUCAGGAAGCGACGAGCAGAUCAAUUACCAUUGGAUGGUCGGCUCCGUAUUCAGGUCAUGCAGCAAUUUCACAUUACGUGGUUCAAUAUAGAGAACAACACACUACGCUUCCAGCCAGCAUAAGUCCCCCGAACUCGCCGGAGAGCACGUGGCAGAACGCGACCGUGGGCAGCGAUGUGAGGAACGCGCGCGUGUCCGGCCUGCGACCGGCCACUGCCUAUUUGCUGCGCGUCAUGGCCGUCAACGAAGUGGGCCUCGGCGCGCCCAGUCAGCCCGCCCUGCUGGCACUGACCACCCAAGAGGCGCCGAGUGGACCACCUGUCGACGUGUCCGCCGAGUCGAGUUCGCCCGACAGCCUACAAGUCAGAUGGAAGCCGCCCGCGUCGACCUACUCGAACGGCGAAAUCCUCGGCUAUCAAGUGGCGUACAAGGAGGUGUCCGCCCUCGGCGAGUCGCCGCCGCAGCUGCGGAGGGUGAGGGGCCGCAACCGACUCGAGAUCAACCUCUCCGACCUCAAGCAGUUCACCAGGUAUCAGAUUACUGUCAGGGCAUUCAACCAAGUUGGACACGGACCCUCGUCGCCGCCGCUCAUUGUCACGACCAAGCAAGGGGUUCCAGAAUCAGCCCCCACAAAUUUCCGCUGCAAAAUGCAAUCAUCCCAGAGUAUCUGGACCCGAUGGGACCCACCGCCUGUUGAAAAAAGAAACGGAAUUAUUGAGGGCUACAAAGUGUUUUAUCAACUCGUUUCCUCAUAUUCAAUUGACUUGACGUCAGAAGUUGAGGUUAAGAAAACAACCAACCUAGAGACGAGCAUCCAUGGCCUCUCCUAUUACGGCAACUACAGUUUGAGGGUGGCGGCGCACACAGCCGUCGGGGAUGGUGUGCGGUCGGCCCCGAUUUUUUGCACCACUGACGAAGAUGUUCCUGGUCCACCUGAACAAAUUAAGGCCGUCUCCAUGACGUCGGAGAGCAUCUUGGUCACUUGGUCGCGACCGGCUCGGCCUAAUGGGAUCAUCACGAGAUAUCAUGUUUACAUCAACGCAGUGCAGCAAAGCGGACCAAAAGAGGUAAUCAAAGAGGUUGUUUUCGGCGAUCGCGAUCCCACUUUUGAAGCGCGCAGACUGAAGGAAUUCACAACUUACGAAUUCUGGAUCACGGCCUCUACAAGAGUGGGCGAGGGUCAGCCGAGCGCCAAAGUCACCCAGUCACCCGUUUUGCGAGUCCCUGCUCGCAUCGCCGGCUUCUCUCGAAAGCACGUCGUCAACUUGGGCCAGGCAGUGAGCCUGAGUUGCAUAAACGUGGGGCUUCCAGCGCCGGAGAAAGUUUGGAAGUUGCAAGGACGAACCCUCAGCUCAUCCGACAGCGCCAAUCUGCAAAUUAUGCCUGACAACAGCCUUUCGGUGGCUUCGGUCGGAACUUCUGACCAGGGAAACUACACGUGUCACGUCGAGAACAUUUACGGCAAGGACGAGAUACAUUACGAAGUGGUUGUUAGGGUGGCACCUUCCAUUCCAACCCUGAACGUGCUGGCCGCUGGAAGCAGUAGUCUCACUCUUCAGUGGAGACUCACCGACGACGGAGGCAGCCCAGUUACAGCCUUUGUAAUUCACUAUAGAAAGGAAAACGCCAUUGAGUGGCAACAUCACAUGGUGGACGCAGACAGAAGAAACUAUGUCUUAUCAAAAUUGGCCUGUGGAACAUCCUACAACGUCCACAUUUCUGCCAUCAACAAAGUCGGCAAAGGAAAGCACAGCCCCACGACCUCCGUUUCAACCAAAGGAUCUGCUCCGAGAGCGCCGACCCAAGAGGAAUUUCUCGAAGUCAACUCCACCUGCGUGACCCUUUUCUUGGACUCGUGGCCCAGUGGAGGGUGCGCCAUAAAUUACUUCACUGUGGAGCUGCGGGAAGCUCGUCAGGGUGUGCCGUGGACCCUGAUUUCCAGCAAAAUCUCACCAGACCAGGGAGAAGUGACUUUGAAGGACCUUCAUCCCUCCCGAUGGUACUCAGUCAGGGUUGGUGCGCAAAGUGACACCGGUUCUGCCCAGCAAGAAUAUCUUUUCGCCACCAGAAACUCUCUUGAAGAAAUCGUUAUGCCUGACAUGGAACCCCAAAGGCCGGGAUCGCAGCACUCUGUGUCCUUCACCGACCCCACUGUAAUUGUGCCAAUCAUCUCUGGUCUCAUUUGCACAGCCGCUGUUGCUGUCUGCGUGUGCAUAGUUGUCAGGAGGAGGCAAUACGAGGGCUACCAGCAAAGCUCAAGCAGCAGCACUAGCGUGACCACGGCAGAGCAGAACCGGUACUUGGGGAAAACGCUCUUGAUGGAAAUGGAAAACAAGAGGAACGCGGACCAGCAGCACCACCGAGGCCAACUUUACUCGCCCAGCCCUGCACGUAAGGCAGCCGAUUCUUCCCUGAGCUGUCACAAAGGCAGUGAUACCACUUCCGCCCAAGACUAUGAAAUCUGCCCUUACGCGACGUUCAGCCUGAACACGGCGCCGCCACCGCCGCAGAACAACGGCCACCAGACGAUGGACUAUUGCAUGCAGUUCCAGACGUUCAGCCAGCAGGACUGCUACGCCGGCCAGCCGAACACGUCGUCGUUGGCCUCGGCGCAGACCAGCAGCUACAAGGGCGGCGGAGGCGCGGCCAACAAGGAGUACUACUCGCGGGUGCGCCGCAAGUCCAACGGCCGCAUCAUGACCAACGCCGGCGAGGCCACCUGCUUACCAAAACGUACAUCCAAUAGCCCUCCAGAUGGUCUCAGUUUAGAGAUUUCUUGCAUAUCAAGCCAGCAGACUCUGCCUUUGAGCAGUACUGCUGGCGUGUCCUCUUCGAACGGGGGUCGGAGUCGGCAGAGCAGGCACUCGCCGCCACCCAUGGGACGUCCACGAAGUUGUGCCAUGGCUGACAGUGCUGACUCGCAAUCGGACAGCAGUGCCAGCAGGGUGAACGCCAACUUCAGCUCCAGAUCCACAUAUCACUUGCACAGUCAAAAACAAGACAAAAUGUAUGAGCGGGACUCGAGCACCGAGUCGGCCGAGGCGUCGCCCGAGGUCACGCACAGGUCGCGCAGAUGUGAGGGGCCAACCAGGCGGCCAAGUGGUGGCGGAGCCCUGGGCCAGAACCCCCUCCAGCCGCCCUCGGGCUUCUCGGACUCCCACGAACUGUCCGAGGCCGAGUGCGACCGGACGGAGCGAAUUCCCAGCACCAGACCCCGAGUGGACUCGCACCAGAUGCCGGGACUACCCCUUUUCCGUCACGAGCAACUCGAGCAGGAACUCGUUUCUUUAGUUAAAAGGUACAGAAAUGAACGAGACAAGGAGAAGCAGGACUACACCAUUCACGUCUGAAUAGACUGAGCGCUGACUAAAUUAGGAUAAUGAACAUUAUGUGCGCGAUUUUAAGUUUUCCAUUUUUAAUAAAAAAAAAUUCAUAAAAGUUCUAUACUCAAGCUUCUUAAAACUGCUACUGGAAAAUGGAAAUUUUUGUCCAAAAUAAUCAGUGUUACACACCAGAGAAACCCUGACACGAUUUAAUGAGUUGCUUUUAGCCUAUCGUUGUAAUUUGUAACAAAAAUAUCGUUGCUACCCCCAUUGUGAUUAAAAGUGAUAAAAAAGAUUGUCAUCAAAAGCUUACAUGUGUAUGAAAUAUGACUAAAAUAUUGGCAAAAGUUAUAAAAAUGUUCUGAACGUGUGGCGAAAAAAUGCCAAAAAUGUUUUAAAAAAUAAAGUUUUUAUUAAAUCUCACUCACCCUUUGUAUG